AUGACUGAAACCGACAAACCAUUCCAAGCCCACAUUGAAAAGGCGGAGGUGACCUCGGAUGCAUCCUCUCAUGAGGGUGGAGAGGCCCGCGAUUGGACUCCCGAGGAGGAGCGGAAGCUGGUCUGGAAGAUUGAUUUUCGCGUGUUCCCUAUGCUGUGCCUUGUCUUUGGUCUCUCACUCCUUGAUCGGACCAACAUAUCUGCAGCAUACAUCGCCGGUCUCUCUGAAGAUUUGAGGCUCGACAUCGGCGCCCGCUACAACAUUGCGCUUCUCAUCUUCUUCAUUGGCUAUGCCAUCUUUGAGCUUCCGUCCAACUAUGUUAUCCGCCGAAUUGGCGCCCGGUGGUGGCUCAGCUUUCUCAUUUGCGCAUGGGGAGCUUGCGUCUUGGGCAUGGGCUUCGUCCACGAUUGGAAGAUCAUGACGGUUCUUCGCGCAUUCUUGGGUGUCUUCGAGGCUGGACUAUUUCCCGGCUCCAUCUACAUUAUUGGAAGCUGGUAUCGUCAAUAUGAAACGGCACGACGGGUCUCACUCUUCUACAUGGGUUCUCUGCUGGCAUCAGGAUUUGGACCCAUCUUUGCAUACGCACUUUCACUCAUCCGGGUCGGAGACGGCAUGUAUGCUCGUGGCUGGCGGUGGAUCUUCAUCAUCGAAGGCAUUGUCACCAUCGCCGCCGGCGCCGCUGGCCCAUUCUUCCUCGUGGAGUUCCCAGAACGGGUCACGUUUCUGAAUGCUCGACAGAAGCACAUCGCCUUGACUCGUGUCCGCCAAGAGAAAGAGAAGACCGAGGUUGUCCAUCCCACUGCCAGACAAUCGUUGAAGAUGCUCAUGGAUUGGAAACUCAUUGUCUACUCCAUUCAAUACUUCAUCUGCGCAUCGAGUGUGUACUCGCUCGCCUUUUUCAAACCGAUCAUUCUGCGACAAGGUAUGGGAUUCAGCUAUGCCAAAGCUCAGCUCCUCUCAUCGCCACCAUACGUCUUUGCGAUCAUCGCCAGCUUGGCUAUGGCAUAUGUCUCAGACAAGAUCAGGAUGCGAUGGCCCAUUCUUUGCGCUCAAGCAUUGACAGCAAUCACUGGUCUCCUCAUCAUUCUCUACGCUGGCCCACCAGGAGUGCGCUACUUUGGACUGUACCUCGCGAUCUUCGGUUGCCAGGCCAACAUUCCUGGCUCGCUCGCUUACGGACAGUCAAACACUGCGAAGCAAGAGAAGAAGGGGGUGGUUGCCGCUGCCAUGAUCAGUGUCGGAGCCGCUGGAGGUAUCUGCGGAAGCACUAUCUUCAGGAGUCAGGAUGCUCCAUAUUACAUGCCGGGCAUGUGGUCUACGAUUGCGAUGCAGAUGCUCUACAUCGUCAUUACACUGUGCCACUCGAUGUAUCUCAAGCGGCAGAAUAAGCUCGCUGAUGAAGGAAAGCGACCAAGUCUUGAGGAUGUCGAGGGGUUCAGGUACGCGCCUUGA